AUGGCUUCAGUUGUGGAAUCUCCGCCGGUGCACUCGCCUCCCGAUCACCCCGCACAGCGACCUCGAGGUAUCCUCAAGAACUCGUACCAAAAGUCUCCCCCCACCUCGCCAAACCAGGAACGCUCUUUGACCGACAAGGAGCUCACCAUCGCAAACACCCAGAUCAACGCCGGCCACCGUCGUUCGUCUUCGGGCGCCCGCCCCCCCGGGUCUCGCCGCCAGUCCGGCUUCAGCUCCAUCGACGAUCCGCUUGAGUCUUCUCAACGCCUCAAGUGGGACGAGGCCAACCUCUACCUCACCGAGCAAGAGCGCUCCUCUACCAUGAAGAUCACCGAGCCCAAGACUCCCUAUGCCAAGCACUACGACCCGUCCGAAGACCCGUCUGACGACGACGAGGAUCCUCUGGCGAACGCUGGUGCUCGUCUUCAGAAUUCACGUCCGGGCCGUGAAGAUGACAUUCCGGGCCUUUCUCUGGGCGAACCGGAAGAGGCGAUCUCGGAAGCGGGCGCGCCGUCGCCCCGCAGCGAAAAGAGCGUCCACGUCGACGACGAGAGCAGCGUCGGCCACAACGCCGAAGAGGAACUUGCGGGUAUGUCUGCCGAGGAGCGUGAAAAGCACCGAAAGUUUGAGCAGCUCCGCAAGAGACACUACGAAAUGAAGAAUGUGGCCCAGCUUCUGGGCCACCCCGAGACGAUCCCCGACGACGAGGACGAGGAAGAUGAACAAGAUAACGGCGGUGCCGUGCCGCCUGUGCCACCGCUGCCGCGCAUGCCCAACGGCUCUGCGUAG